CCGUCGACGUUUGAUUAAACAUUACAGUGACAAAUCUAGCUAUGUGCCUCUUUCAACUUUGGAUCAGAGUCUUGAUAAGCGUAUAACAGACAUAUAUGCAACGCCUAAAAUAAAUCGAAUUGAUAUUAAGAAAGAUGGUACUCGCAAAAAAGAGGAAUCAUUAAGUUCGUACAAAGAAAUGUUUUACAAAAACGACCAUGCAAAUAGACGCAUUUACGUACAAGGCGAACCCGGCUCCGGAAAGUCAACUUUUGCAGCUAAGUUGGUUCAUGAUUGGUGCCAUGAAAUUCAGCCUUUAUUGACGGCUCGGAAUAAAAACACAGCGUUUAAUGACUUGAUGACAAUUCAAACAUUCAAGUUCCUAUUCUUCAUCUCGUUGAGAAAUGUGCGGGGACAGAAGGAUAUAAGUCAGAUGAUUAAAGCCCAGCUCGUUGAUCGAAUGUAUUCCGAAGAUGAUCUUGACGGUGUGUAUAAACUUUUAAAAAAAUGUAUGGAGACUGAACAAUGCCUCGCAGUUCUGGAUGGCUUAGAUGAAUGGGUGGCUCCUGAGCGUUGUAACUUAGUUGAACCUACUAUGUCAGGAUUCCAGAAGGACAACGUCACGGUUCUUACAACAUCUCGACCAUGGAAACUGGCUGAUGAACGUAUCAAGAAUUCUCAAAUCGACAUUCUGUUAGAAAUUCAGGGUGUAAGCGAUCAGGAUAUGUUUUGUGUAAAUAUUCUCGGUUGCAUAAUUGACGACACUAAGGAUCUGGACAACACUGUCAAGAAAUUUCAAAAAUUUGUUAAAAAACGGAAGCUUAAAUUGUUAGCAUCCUCACCGAUGUUGUACACACUGGUCAUCUGUACGUGGGUCGACACGAUACAAGAGGAAGAACAUUUGACAGAAUAUUCCUUGUGUGCAUUAUACACUACUUUGAUUCAAAGUCUUUGUAAACAGGUCAACAGUACAUCUGGCUAUUUUAAUAGUUUAAACCCUUCACGUGUAGAGUGUUUUUCUAGCACAAGUUACAUACAGCCAAACAUUGAACUCUUAGAUAAGCUUGCGGUUGCAGCUUUUAAAUUGCUCUUCUCACGUGAAAGAGAAACAUCUAUUGUUUUUAGUGACAUAACAUUAUCGACAUACUUUUCUGGGGAAGAGUUCACACUAUGUAAGACAUUCGCUCUCAAGGCAGGAAUAUUAACAAACAGAAAAGAUAAAAGUAAAACAGGAAGCUCGAACUCAUUCAUUCACAAAACUAUUCAGGAAUUUCUCGCAGCAUAUUAUAUUGCAUGCAAUGCAUACGUCAUUGAUGACGUUGUGGUCGGAUAUCUGAAACGCUACAAUGAUUCUUAUCUUGAUUUAUCUCAAGUGUUCAUAUUCCUGUGUGGGAUGAACACCAUUGCUGCGAAUGCAUUGUCAGGUUUGAUGGACGAAUAUCACGUUGCUCGUUGCAGAUUUUACUACGAUUGGCCUUGUGAGCUUCAGAAUAUCACUGAGGCUGGAAUCAGAGAGGCAGAAGCCGGCAAACAAAAUACCAUAUGGCCGAAACUCAGUCACGUUGUCAUUGAUUACGACAACAUGCGAUAUUCACUUCGUGUCUUGUCUGCAAACACCUCCAAUAUUCAGUCAUUGCAUAUCAAUUUCUGGAUUGGGUCAGUUUCUGAAGCGACUGUCCAUCAAGCAAAAAUAAAGCUGCGUUCAUUCGCACGUGGCGAGCCUAAAUCUCAUUUUGUGUUUAACCUGGCGUCGUGCCACAAGCUGAAAAUAUUGCGUCUAAGGGCAAAUGACAAAGGAGAUGACAUAUAUCUUACAGAUUCUGCCGAUUUGGUAACAUCAGAACUUCCGGUCGUGAUUGUUCUCAACCAUGCAGAGCCAGCUCGGUGUGGAGAUCUUCCUCCAGUCCUGCCCUCAAUACAAUACAUUGACUUGUGGUGGGUCAAAUGUUCCAGUUCCUGGUUACGCAGUCUGUUCAGCACGCUUCUGACACUCGAUCAUGAGGUGCAGUGUAAGCUUUACGGAUGUUUUAUAACAUCGACCAGAUUUCACCUCGUGCCGUCUCCAGGUGCCCCUGUGGAGAAGCCUACAAAAAUGUUUGAACACAUUCUUCAGGAAUCCAUGAACUACAACACCCCAGAUAGAAAAUGUAUGACAAGAAUAUUUGAGUAUGCAAGAAACGGUGUACGGACAGGUGGAGGUUAUUCAGAAGACCAAUCGUUUCACCAUCGCAUCCAGACUCCACUUGUAUCGGCAAUCGAGAACACAGAUAUUUGA